CUUGAAGCUUCAGUGUUGAGCCUGUGAGCUUGCCCCAACUGACGUAGCUUUUCUAGCUUCGUCUUACCUAAUACUUAUUCCCCAAUGACUGCUUGCUACGUAAGGUACCUAGCUACAAAGUAUACCUACAUAAACCAAUCUACUUAUCGGUUAUCGUCGACUCUAGCUUCCCUCCAAAGCUCUACUUAUACCCACGUCAAGCCCAUACCCAGGUAAUUACGGUCAAGAGAUCGCAAAUCUACAGCUUUGGAUAGGCUCACGCGUAACCUUCAAGCUCCAAAACCUGUAGUUGUAUUUAUAACCUGUCUUAGUUUGUCUCAUCAUCAGUUUGCCCACUUAGCCCCUGAUGUUAACGUCUUGGAUUGAUCGCCUGUCAUGACAGAAGCACAGCCCAGCUUGGGCGACAACGACACCAACGAUGCCAACAACAUCGACAAUCACGACGGCGCUAUACUGGAGAAUAGCCUUGACGAGCGGGAACAUGAAAAGGCACCCCACUACCCAGAGUCGCAUCAUUCAGAAGAGAGUGGAGACGCAACAGUAGAUACAAAGGAUACAAAGGUUACCGGCGAAGCUAACGCCGAAGCUGACUCCAAUGAAGAUGAUGAAGAGGAAGAGGAAGAAGAAGAGGACGACGUCGACGACGAUGAUGAUGAUGAAGAUGAGGAUGAGGAUGAAGAUGAAGAAGAGGACGAGGACGAGGACGAGGAACCGAGAUUAAAAUCCGUCUGCUUGACAGAGCAUAUGGGCGCCGUCUAUAAGAAUGGCGACGCUACUAGUACAUUUCUUGUCGCAGGAGACAAGAUGAUAGUCGGAACGCACAAUGGAAAUAUCCAUGUUAUCCAACUGCCAGACUUCCAGUCUUUACUUGUCUACCAAGCCCAUACCGCCUCCGUUACGAGCAUUUCGAUAUCCCCAUACCCGCCUCCCUCUAUUCCCGCAGUCCUUAAGCCUGAGGGCGUUAAUAGGGUCGUGUCGCAAACCAUUAACCGACCCUCCUCUAAGCAUUCAAACUCGCCACCAGGUAGCCAGCGGAGAUCGCGCGAGUUGCCACAAGUUCCCAACAUCCCCUCGAACAAUAUCUUCAUCGCGACCUCUUCUAUGGAUGGAAACGUCCGUGUCCAACCCCUUAUCGAGCUUCGAGAUGUGCAGCUAAGGAAUUUUGCGCGACCAGUUCAAGCCGUAGCCUUGUCGCCGGAUUUUAGAAAUGACAGGACAUACCUCUCCGGUGGUCUUUCUGGCAACCUGGUUCUCACAGUCGGAGCGCCUCAAGGGCGAAGUACGUCAUCGACUACGGGAAGCGCUGCCGCUACCGCAUCUGGCUGGCUCGGUAGUAUUGGGAUAGGUGCAAAUACUGGAAAGGACUCGGUGCUUCAUUCAGGAGAGGGGACCAUCAGCACAAUUAAAUGGUCCUUAUCAGGAAAGUACGUUGCCUGGUUAAACGAGCACGGCAUCAAGAUUAUGCGAACGAAGCUGCACCUAGAUAGCGCAGACAUAGAAGAUGCCUGGAAGCGAGUAGGACAUGUCGAUAGGCCGCAGACGGACGAAUGGGAAGAAAUGGCUGGCGUAUGGAAGGGCAGGGCGGAAUGGAUUGACGACCAGGCCAUCACAAGCGACGACGCAGAGAAGACGAGCGAUGCAUCAGGCGCUUUAUCUCCCGCUGCCGUCAAGUUAAGCCAGCAGGCGCUAAGACAUGAUAAGAGCAUCGAACGGCUAUUAGUUGGAUGGGGAGGUAUAAUAUGGAUCAUCCAUGUCCAUCCGGGCGGCGUUGGUGUAGGAAAGGAUGCGGGGGAAAGGUCUAUUGGAAGGGCUGAGAUUGUGAAGAAACUUCGCAUGGACUGCAUUAUAUCCGGCAUUUCCUUAUAUACCCAAUCUUUACUUUUAGUCCUUGCAUACUGUAAACCGGAGGGUGAGGAAGAAGAACCUGGUAAAUCAACAAAUAAAGGUGAACCAUCUGGUGGGAUAAGACGCCGCCACAAUGCCCAACCUCCCGAGUUAAGAUUAAUCGAUCUCACAUCUCAAGUCGAAAUUUACAAGGAUACCGUCCCUAUUGGUCGUUAUGAACGGCUUUCUUCCAAUGAUUAUCAUUUGGGGGUAUUGCCUGCGAGCAGAGCCGCUUCUGUCGUGGCUUCUCGAGGAGCCCUGGAGGCCUUGGCUGGUUUUGGCACUGAUAUGUGGAAUGCUGCUAUCAAUCCGAAGUCUCUAUUUAGUUCUGGUGCAAGCAUUCGAAGUAAAGAAAGCAACGAUGCCGCGUCGAGUUUCAGGGCCACCAAUACCGGGGGAAGUGUUCGAGCCAGUCUGAAACCAACAUCACGGACGGUACAUCCUAACCUCAUCAAACCCGGGGCCAAAAUAUUCAUCCACAGUCCGUAUGACUGCGUUCUUGCAACGAAGAGAGACCUUGGUGAUCACCUAGAGUGGUUGGUCGAACACAAAAGGUAUCAAGAUUCGUGGGAGUUAUUAAAUGACCACCCAGAAAUUAUGAAUGCCUCGACGGAAAGACUUCCGGAGUUUGUCCCAUCGAGUCCCGAACGAAGACCAUCGACUACAGACGACUUUUACGAAGAAACUUCGUCUCAGAUAGACGAUCACAUUAGACUUAUGAACACGUCGGCGGAAAAAGAGAAACGCCGAAUUGGCGAGCUUUGGAUUCAGGAGUUGGUGGAAAAUAGGGAUUGGGCCGGUGCUGCUCGAGUUGCAGCAAGGGUAUUCAAUACUCCUCACCAGUGGGAGAAUUGGAUAUAUAUUUUUGCCGGUGCAAAUAAGUUCGACGAGAUCGUCGAUUAUGUACCCUCGGAACCAAUGCGUCCACCCAUUCCGGGGACAGUAUACGAGGUUAUGUUGGGCCAUUACAUUCAAACUGACAAAGCGCGGUUUAAGGAAUUACUCGACCGGUGGGGGACCGAGCUCUUCGAUGUUAGCGAGGUCACUAUUGCUCUAGAAAACCAGCUCAAUUUCCGUGACGUGAGAGAAGACAGCAUCGAAGAUGGAGAGAAAGGACGUGACUGGCGAAUUGUGACGGAAAGCUUAGCCAGGCUUUACGAGGUAAACGGGCGAUACCGAGAAGCUCUAAAGAGAUAUAUCAAACUUCAAGACGCGGAUUCUGCCAUGCGUCUAAUAAGAGAUAACCAUCUCGCGGAAGCCGUCAUCGACGACGUCCCCAGCUUCAUCGCUCUUAGAGUACCAGAAGCAGAAUUAAGUCGAAUGAGUAUCUCGGAACUCGAAGACGCUACAUCAGAAGCUAUCGCGCUACUUGUUGAUGAGGCAGCCCGAGGCCUCAUCAAACCAGAAGUUGUGGUCGAGCAACUAGAGCAGAAAGAUUUAAAUCUUUACCUCUAUUUCUACUUCCGCGGUCUAUGGCAAGAAUACCGCGAGCGGCCCGUGGACGAAAGCGUGUCUCUGGUGGAUAAUUUUGCCGAUUUAGCUGUUCAUAUUUUUGUGGCAUUCGACCGUGAGCUUUUAAUGGAUUUCUUAAAGAUAUCUACUUCGUACAAGUUUGAGAAGGCGGUCGAGGAGUGUGAACAGGCUAAUUUUAUACCUGAACUCGUCUACCUAUACUCCAAGACCGGAGAGAUGAAACGGGCACUAUAUCUCAUUAUUGAUCGUUUGGGCGAUGUAUCCCAGGCUAUUAGUUUUGCAAAAGAACAAGACGACCCGGACCUCUGGGAGGAUCUCCUCGACUACAGUAUGGAUAAGCCACGCUUCAUCCGUGCAUUACUCGAGGAGGUCGGUACGGCUAUUGAUCCGAUUACCCUAGUCCGACGCAUUCCCGAGGGACUUGAGAUCCCCGGUCUUCGGGAAGGCUUGAAGCAUAUCAUGAAAGAACACGAAAUCCAAUACAGUAUUUCGUCUGGUGUGGCGCGUGUCCUUAGAUCUGAAGUAGCCGCCGCUCAGAAUCAACUCCGUAGCGGACAAAGAAAGGGCAUCAAAUUUGAAGUGCUGGUUCAUGCGGAAGAUCAUGUCGAUGUUGAAGUCAAAGACGUAUCUCUCCCACCAGCAACAGGAAAACAAUCAUCCCCGACUGCGACGCCGCGUGCAGGUGGGACUAGGACUGGAACACCCAGUGAGACGGCGGAUACUAACACGCUGACGGACAACAAUCCUACGGGCAAAAAGCAGCAAGAGCAGCAGGGACACGAUCACCGGGAGUUGAAGCCAGGUCAUUGCGCCAGAUGUCUCGAGCCGUUUACGGAGUGGGAGGUAGAGACACUCGUAGGAUUUGCGUGCGGCCAUAUAUAUCAUAUGACACAUCUCCUGGAGUACUUACACCCAGGUCAGGACGUAGAUCCUAGCGUAAUUGCGAACGGCAGCGAGGAUCGAACGAGAGGAGGUCGGUUUGUGGGUAGUAAAGUUACGCAUGCGCGGUUAUUAAGAGAUCGUAUCGAGGGCGGCUGCCCAGUGUGUAGGAAUAAGAGGGAAGUUGUCGAAGGCGGCCACGGCUAAUGAUGAAUAUUAACCAUUGAUCUUUUUUUUAUUCGAUUAUAGCUAAACCUGCAUAGUUUGGAGUUUGGAGUACAUGACAGAUACAUAUCAUUAUCUGGGAUUCUAUACGAGAUGAGCCAAAGGUUGAACCGUGUUAUAGUUGCCAAGAUGAUUCGGUCUAGGCUGAUGACGACAGCGCGAGUUAUAAAUGGGAUCAGAACCAUUCAGCCGGCAAGAGUUACAAAUGUAACCGAGACUAUUCGGUCAUGGUUGAUAGCGAGAGAGCGAAACUUAUAUGAUCAGCAAGCAAUAUAAGAAAAGAUAAUGCAACCUAGUGCUUUAUUCAGGUAUCUAUAUACGUAUGUCUGCAAGCAGUAGGGUCACGUGCAACUUAUACGAGCGAGGGAGUUAAAAUCGAGUAUAUAAUUAUAAUUCUAUUACAUAAA